AUGGGCCAGCACAGCAGAAGCUCGCCGAGGCGGUCGUCAACGCCGAGCCUGAAGCUGUCGCCGGCGCAUGUGUCGGCACUGCAGACGGCCGACCCGUCGCCGCCCGACACGCCCGUCGCCUCGCCACACUUGUCGCGCAAGAAUGCCCCGGCGGCCUUCUAUCUCUUCGCAAAGUCCCUGGCGCAGGACCCCAAUAUCAGGCCCUACGGGAGUGGCCACCAGUUCAGCUAUCGUCCUCUGGAGCAGUUGAGUCCGCGGUCGUCGUCCUCGUCCGAAGCCGACGAGGAGGAUGCCAGCGAUGACGAGUCCUCGGAAAGCGCCAGCGUUGUCAGCCUGCCAGACUCCCCGUCACAGGCACAGCGCUUCCCGACGGGGAAGAAUGCUUCUGCGCCGCCCGACUCUGACGCAUGCGCAUGCGCAUGCGCAGGUGCGGAUGCAGAUGCAGAUGCAGAAUCAGAUGCCGGCUCCGAAUCCGAAUCCGAGGCGGACGAUCGAGCGGAGUCAGACAAGCCCAAGCGGACAGGAUCCGCGCACGGCCCCGCGACAAGCAUUCUGGACAACAUGUGCAGCUUUACAAUCGAGGACGUCGACCCCAUGGAUAGCGAGUGUGAGGGCCUGACUGUCCUCCAUCCCGCCGAGAUCGAGUCUGACGACGAAUCUGUCCGGAGCCGCUCCACGUCCUGCCACAAGGAUCUCGACAAGGGCAUGAUGGAAGACCUCGAGAACCUCAACUGCAGCAACGACGCGUCCGACAACGAGGCGGAGCCCGAGGAGGAAGACGCCGAGUCGGAGUUUAUGCGGAGGCAGCAGGAGCUGAAGCGCAUCCGACGAGUCAGCAUGUCGAGCAGCUUCGGCAAGAGGACGCACAGCGAGCUGAGCGACUCGGACGACAACGACAGUGCCCUCGAUGUCAACGAAGCCGGUUCCAGCGCCUCGCGCUUCCGCAAGAGGAUCAACCGCGGCAGCUUGCUCUUCCAGGACCCUCCGGCGCCUAGAAUCGACGAGCUAGAGGAGCCCAACUCGGACGAAGACGAGUACGCCAACGAGAUGCGCAUUGCGCAGGGGCUGCCAUACCAUGGAAUGGAGGUUAUGGAUACGGACUCGAGCUAA